AUGCCAAUAUUUUACUCCUAUACAGUACCAGUCUAUCAUUCAAACUGACUUAAAUUGAUCCUGUCUUGUUCCUUAGUAUGUGAAUGAAGAGGUAGUGCACCGGUCCUGUCUGGCUUUAAUCCCUUGGUCUGGACCCUUGUGUGUUCCUAUCUCUGAGUCUAUCCAUUCUGAUACUCUCUAGUCUUUAGAGGAUAUUAAAGCUUAACAUCAAGUCACUAGUUUUCUAUAAAACAACAUAAUGAAAAUGUCUGUAAACAUAUUCCGUCUUCUUCAUAGCCUGUCAUCUCCAAGCCCAAACCAGUCAACUACCUCGCCCGUACUGGGAGGAUUCUGGUGAGAGAGCUGGCAGUGUUAAACACGCAGGUAACCAAUCACAUUAUUAACCAAUGCUCAUCUGAUCUUAUAGGGAUAAUUUACUUUACCCUGUUCCCUCUUUUUUCACAGACUUCCAAAUUGGUGAUUGAGGAGCCUACACUUCACCUCACUGAAGCAGGGAAACUAGUGCUUGACAAACUAUCAGCACCUUCAGAUAGCUAUUCACAGGUAGCCAAUCACAUUAUUAGAGGGUCAUAGAUUAUAUGUAACUAACGGUACCCUGCCAUUACGGGCGGCAAAUCAUUCGAAAUAAUCAUUUCAUUCAAUGCAAUUCCCCCUCCUGCGAAUCAAAAAUGUGUUGCAUUUCAACUCCCAAGUGUCUUUGGGUUUUCCUUAGUAUGUGUGGCCCUAAUUGAAACUUAAGAGAGACUUGUUGUACAAACAAGAGCAUUUUGUCAGGAAUGUUUAUGUGAUCUGAUCUUGGUUCACUAGGAACCAAGUGGGACGGAACGGGGAGGGACCUACAUUUGUUGAAUAAAAACAUUUGUUUUCUUUUUUAAAAAGUUUUCUGUUGCAUUUCGCUACGGUUUGAUAUGGUGUGUACUCCAGGCAUGCGCUUCAUACUCAAAGAGCACUCCUCCUCUGGGUUUAAAGGGAUACUUCGGGAUUCUGGCAAUGAGGCCCCUUAUCUACUUCCCAAGAGCCAGAUUAAUUAGUGGAUACCAUUUUUAUGUCUCUGUGUCCAGUAUGAAAGAAGUUAGAUUUAAUUUCACGAGCCAAUGCUAACUAACGUCAGCGCAAUGACUGGAAGUCUAUUGGUAUCUGCACGUAUUCUAGUAGAUACCCAUAGACUUUCAGGUACCAUUUGGAACGUACCCCCCAAAAGUAGGAGAGUAAAACAACAGUGGAGUAUAAAUGGAAAUCAUUGAUGGGAAUGUGAAUGCAGGAGGUGGAAUGGUCUAUUUAACUAACGUUUAAUUAAUCACUGUUUUGGUUGCAGGACACUCUGUGUAAUGAGGAACUGAUUGAGCUGUCCAACUCUGGAUCAAGUGGAUCUCAGUUCUAUGGCUCCAGCGAUGAUCAGUUCCUGAUUAACACUGUGCAGCACAAUGAAGCUGAGUUCUUACAACAACUACUGCCGGGCUACUUCAUGGUAAGAGAGAGAGUUUGUGGGCUGGUGUGUGCACGUUUUUGAUCCAAUGUGUACCUUAUGUUUUGUGUUUUGAGUUACCAAGUUAAUCUCGUUACUCAAUUCAAGCAUUGGCCUCAAUGUCUUCCUGGUUUAUUCUCUAUGUUUUGUUCUACACUAAUAGACCAGUACUAAAGUGGAUUUGAUUGAUAUACUUACACCCUCUCUCCUUUCCCCUCUCCUCCUCUCUAGAACCUACACCAGAACAUGAGAUCCUUGCCUAAGUUCUGUGGUCUGUGCUGCGUCCAGGCGGGGGGCAAGAACAUCCGCAUCACUGUCAUGAACAACCUGCUUCCGCUCGCAUGCACCUCAAGUACAACCUGA